AUGCCCAGAUUUGCCCAGCUGGUGAUAGGGCCAGCUGGCUGUGGGAAAUCAACUUAUUGUAGUACAAUGCAAGCCCAUUGUGAAACAUUGAGGAGGAAAGUUGAUGUGGUCAAUUUGGACCCUGCAGCGGAGUUUUUCGAGUAUACUCCACUAGCGGAUAUAAGAGACCUUAUUCAUUUAGAUGAUGUAAUGGAAGAUGAGGCUAUACGUUUAGGUCCAAACGGUGGACUUAUUUUCUGCUUAGAAUAUCUUCAACAAAAUUUGAAUUGGUUGGAUACUGCACUUGGUGAUAUAGAUGGAGACUAUUUAUUAUUUGAUUGUCCUGGUCAAAUUGAAUUAUACUCACACUUACCGAUUAUGCCACGAAUAAUUGAAUAUAUGCAAAGAAAAUGGGAUUUUCGUUUCGUUACAAUAUUUAUUUUGGAUGCCAGAUUUCUUGUAGAUUCUUCACAUUUUCUAGCUGGUGUACUGUCUGCUCUCUCUGCUAUGGUAUCCUUAUCAACUGCUCAUAUAAACGUAAUGUCUAAACUUGAUUUGUUAUCCGAACAAAAACAAAAAUAUGUCAUGGCUCGUUAUCUAAAUCCUGAUAUGGAUUACUUUUUUGAUCUGGAUCAAGUAUUUGAUGAAGAAGACGGUGAGAAACAUCAUGAACGGGAAGCGCCGUUUAAUAAACUUACUCAUGCACUAGCUGAUUUAAUUGAGCGUUACAGUGUAGUUCAUUUUGUCCCAUUAAACAGGGAUAAAGAAGAUACUAUAACAGACUUACUAGUUCAAAUUGAUCAAUGUUUACAGUAUGAUGAAGAAGUUGAUCCUUCAAAUCGAGCGUUUGACGAUGCUGAACAAGAGUUAAUUAUUGAAAUAAAUUAUGAAGUAUUCGUAAUCCUGACCGGUUCCCUUUCAUUAUGGUUACUUGAAAUAUUAUGCAAAUCAGUCAACUCAGGUUCUCAUAUACAUUUGUUUUUGGAGACUCUUACCCAUGGAUUAACUGGUUCAAUGUUUUGGCUAUGUUGUUUGAUUAGUAUAAAUGGUAAACUGAAUUUAUAUACCACAGGUUACCGAAGAAAUAUAAUUAUGACUCUUGAGUCAUGUUUUUGGGCAGCAUUCGGUGCAAUACUACCGGAUAUUGAUCAUUUUAUAGCUUCAAGAAGCACAAGCAUUGAACUUGCACGUCAACUUCCUGGUAGACCAUUUUUACAUUGGGCUGGUUUAUAUCUACUUAUUUAUACUCUUUUAAUUAUUGGUUUAUUUUUCAUAUCUUAUCCUAUAUGUUUAAAAUUCAAUAAAUUUUUCACUAUAUUUUGGUGUUUCAUAUUUAUACCAUUUAUAAGUCAUAUUAUACGUGAUGCAAACAAACGUGGUUUAUGGUUAUGGCCUCCACCAGACUUUUAUACAUUCAUGAAUCUAUCAAAUUUUACAUAUACUAUAAUAUAUCCUAAUAAUCUGGGAAUGAUGAAUUUAAUUAGAAUACUUUUAUUGUAUUUAGGUGUUUUAAUGUUUAUCAUUUUAGUAUUCCGUCAAUAUGCAUAUUCUUUUCAUUGGGAUAUAUCCAAUUUUGCACCGAUAACAUCUUAUUUUAUUGAUAAAAGUAAUGAAUUUUAUAUAGAUCAUACAUUUGUUGUAUGAAAUACAUAAUCUUUUGAAUACAAUAAAACGAUCUAAAU